AUGGAUCAAGCAAUAAAAGGUCAACUAUCUAAAUCCUCAAAAGUAAAUACAAAUAGUAUACAAAUAGAAGAUCUACAGCUAUUAAAUAGUGAUACCAUACUUUCUGAAAUUAUAGAUAAUACAAACGAUGAAGAAAUAUGUUUUGACAAUAAAAAUCAAGACAAAAAUAGUCAAGGCUUAAAUGCUAGCAGUCCUAAUGAGACACCAAAACAAAUUAAUCUGAAAAAAAACAGCAUAGAUUUUGAAUCUUUAAAUGAAAAUAUUUUUAAAAUAAAUGUUUUAUCAAAUGAAAAUUGCAAAGAUUGUACUGACAUAUGUAAAUGCCCAAAUUAUAACCAGUUAGAAUGUAAUAGUAUGGAACAAAAGAGAAAUAGUAAUAUAAAAAAUCGAAAAAAAAAAAAUAUAAAAAAUUAUGAACAUGAUAUAAAUAAAUCAGAUAGCUAUAGUUACGAAUCGGAUGAUAAUUAUAUAGACGAUAUAAAUAAUAUUUUAAAAAUAAAAACACAAAAAAUUGAAAAUAAAAAUAGGUCUACAUAUAUAUCACAACAUAAAGAAAGAAUAAAAGACAAAGUUAAAAACAAAAAAAAUAAUUAUUUAAAAAAUAAGUUUUUAACAACAAGUAAAAAAUCAAAAGAAAAUAUUAAAAGAGCUAGUAUAGCUACUAUUAUGUUACAAAAUUUUUCAAAUAGUGAUACUGAUGAAACUAGUGAUUGGUCAAGUAAAUCUUAUGAUAUAUAA